GAGAUCCAAACAUGGAGUCCGAGCUCUACGAAGCCGCCACGAAAGGAGACGUGCCUUCUUUGCUUGAGUUGCUCAAAAAAGAUAAGUUGCUUCUCGACCGGACCGUGUUUGGGAAUCACAUUGAGACUCCUCUGCACAUUGCAGCCAUGCUUGGACAUUUGGACUUUGUGGAAGAGGUUCUAGCUCAAAAGCCCGAGCUGGUAAGUGAGCAAGAUUCUCAAAGUUUGACGCCUCUUCAUCUCGCAGCAGCAAAAGGGUACCUUAACAUAGUGGCAAGUUUAUUAAGAGUUGGCCCUGAAAUAUGUUUCAUCUGUGACAAAUACGGAAGAAACCCUCUUCAUGUCGCGGCCAUGAAAGGACAUGUGGAUGUCUUGGAACUCUUGGUUCGAGCGAGACCUUUUGCAGCUCGUAGUGUCAUCGAACAUGGCCAAACGAUCUUGCAUUUGUGUGUGAAGCAUAACAAACUAGAAGCUUUGAAACUUUUGAUGGAUAUCUUGGAAGACGAUCAGUUCAUCAACUUGAGGGACGAAUAUGGCAACACGAUUUUGCAUUUGGCUGCUGUAGAUAGACAAACUAAGACUAUAGUGUUCCUAACUAAUAAAGGUGUAGACCCAAACAUUACAAACUUCAGAGGUUUCACAGCACAAGGCCUAUUAGCACAAGGUCAGAACACGGAAAUAGCCAUAGAGAUUAUGGAUUCUGUUCCUCAAACUUCAAGGAAUCUCGAGCCAUCCAGACGAACAGGCUACGCCAAUAACACGGCCACCUCCUUCCAUCCACCUGUGGUAGAACAGAACAAAAGGGAAACAAAGAGAAAGUGGCAACACAGUAUGCAUAAGACACUAAUGGUGGUGGCGGUAUUACUAGCUACCAUGGCAUUCCAAACCAGUAUUACCCCGCCUGGUGGCCUUUGGCAAGAAAAUGAAGACAACCAUAAGGAGGGCGAGUCCAUAAUGGCAGGAAGGUACUCAAAACCUUACAAGAUUUUCAUAACAUGUAACACGAUAAGCUUCAUUGCAUCGCUUAGCAUCAUUCUGGUUCUCAUAAGUGGUCUUCCUCUAAAGCGGCUUUGGAUCACCACAUGGAUUGUAAUGCUAACUAUGUGGGUUGCGAUAACCUUCAUGGCGGUCACUUAUGCCAUCUCCAUAUGGGUCUUCACACCGGAUAAUGAACUCAAAAUUACAGAAAAUACAAUUGGAAUUGCGGUGUUGGCAUGGGUUGGAUUGAUGGCUCUUAUUUUCUUGUGCCAUGUUGUUCGCUUAAUAGUGAAGUUGGUACGUAAAGUCCUGAAAUUCGUCCGCAAGCAUUGACAAAGCGGAAGCCGGAGGAUCUUAUACCUUAGUGGCUGUACAUCGCUGCAAAUGUGAUUGUCUCAGAAGAAGUGUCUUGAGCCCUAAGGCCAUGCAAGAGGAGAUGCUAUAUAGUAUGUGCUGUUCAGUGUGUUGAUUAGACAACUUAGCUACAACACAUUUGAGUAUGCAUGUAUGUGUGUAUGUGUGUAUGUGCUAGUGGAAACAAUGAAUGUUUUAUGCGUGUUGAUCUAUGUGUAAGAUGGAGUUUAUAUGUAUAAUGGAUGGUUGUAUUAUUUGAUGUAGUU